GCGUGCCCUCCCGCAGAAUGGGGCGAGUGGCCGCUGCCGUUCCCGGGAUGCUGAGCGCCGGCCCUUUCCCCUCAGCCCACCCAUGCCUGGCUGCGAGCUUCCCGUGGCCACGUGCCCGGACAUGUGCCCGGCCGCUGAGCGCGCCCAGCGCGAAAAGGAGCGCCGCUUGCACCGCUUUGAGGUGGCGCCGGGGUGCCUUGGGGACCGGCCCCGGGCCGACCCGCAGCGCGCCGUGAAGGAGUACAGCCGGCCAGCCGCCGGCACGGCGCGGGGGCCUGUGGACCCAGGGCUGCUGCAGGCCCAGGUGCAGGAGGGCUUCGGCUCGCUGCGGCGCUGCUACGCGCGCGGCGCCGGGCCCCACCCCCGCCAGGCCGCCUUCCAGGGCCUCUUUCUGCUUUAUAACCUGGGCUCUGUGGAGGCCCUGCACGAAGUUCUGCAGCUGCCCGCCACCCUGCGUGCCUGCCCGCCCCUGCGCACGGCCCUUGCCGUCGACGCCGCCUUUCGCGAGGGCAACACUGCCCGUCUGUUUCGACUGCUCCGGACCCUGUCCUACUUGGCAAGCUGCGCUGUGCAUGGCCACGUGGCCCAUGCCCGCCGCGGAGCCCUGGCCCGCCUCGCUCGCGCCCUGAGCACCCCUAAGGGCCAGACCUUGCCCCUGGACUUCCUGGUGCACCUGCUGGCCCUGGACGGACCCAAGGAGGCACGGGACCUGUGCCAGGCACAUGGGCUGCCCUUGGACGGGGAGGAGGGAGUCAUGUUCCUGAGGGGUCUCUACAGGGAGGAGGGGCUACCACAUGCAGGGACCUGCAACUUGUUGGUGGACAGCAAACUUCGAGGGCGCACCCUGGAGGAGGUGGUCAUGGCAGAGGAGGAAGAUGAGGUAGUGGACAGACCCGAAUCCCAAGCAUGAGGAAGGGCUGCGCAGUCCCCAGAGCCCCAGGACUGGGGCAGAGCACUUAGGAUUCUUUAUCUGUGUGAUUCCCACCCAAUAAAAGGGACUUGUUUCAUCAUGGCCAAUAGCUAAGCUUGAUUUAUUUGGAGGAGGGCAGGAGAAAGUUGAGACAUGCUAAGGGUGUAGGGGAAGAGGAACCCAGGCUGGGCAAGUCCCUAUCCACCCUGGGCCUCAGUUUCCCCACUGGUCCUUAAGGGGUGGCCUUGGUGAUCUCAGGGUUGGCAUC